CUCAAGACCCAUACUCUUAAAGUACUUCUUUUCGCGGUGGAAACUUUUGUGGUGUCGUGAAAAUAGUUUCUAAUACAUCAUCACCAUGAUCAUCAGUCAGCCAGCUGCGUCGGCGGUAGCUCUGGCCAUCAUGGUAAUCAUAAUGAUGGCACGACCGGCGAUCCAGGAGGAGAUCCAUGUCACCAACAAGCUGAGCAGCAAGAUACUGAUAGCGCAUUGCAAGUCGAAAGACGAUGAUCUUGGCACCCAUGCCAUACCCAUCGGCGAGGAUAUCGGUUGGCAGUUUCGGGGGAAAGUCGGAACACAUUUCUGGUGCGACCUCGCUGUCCAAGAUAAGCGUCUUACUUUCGUCUCGUACGACUGGGGGGACGCAGAUAAUUAUAGUAGGAACUGGGAUGUCCGUGAUGACGGGGUUUAUGGGACACGGGUGCGUGAUAGCCUCACGUUUUGUGCGGGUACGUGGAGGCAAAUCAAAUUUGAUCAGAUGCUGUGAAUAUAAGUUAAGUUUGUGUCUUUGAUUCACGGUAAAGGUUGAAGGGUGGAGGUUGUCAGAUAAGGAGAGUUUUGGUAUCAAUUGUUUAUGUAGCUUAUCGAGAUUAUGAGUAUGUAAAGUUAUUAUUGAGUAAUUAGUAGGGUUGGUAGUGGUGACGGAAUUUGUGGGCGUCUCUCAUUCGAAUCAAUUCAGGCAAUCGCCUACCUUUCUCAACCAUGCAUUAUUAUGGACUAUGACAACCAAAUUAAAAUGAUCACGGAAAAUCAAGGGGUUUUACCAUUGACAAAUUAGUUGCGACAGCUUUUCUUUUCCUUGCCAAUCACUAUUUUGGUUGCGUUAGGUAUUCGUAAUGCAGCAAUAGCGACCAAUUCUGUUGCCAAAAUUUUGUAGUUGUGAAAAAAUAAUAAUGACCAAUUUCUGACAUUUAAGACCAAUUAAUAUUGGUUGCAAAAAUAGUUUUUUCUUGUAGUGUGUCGAUGGGUUUUGGAUUGGAUUCGGGUAAAACUCGAAUUUGGAUCUUUCGAGUCUGACCAAUAUCGAGAUUCGGCUAAUACACGGCUCGAUAAGCACUCUAUCCGCAUACAAACAAGAUCGGUUUGAAAAACACUAAACAUACUAAUCUGUGGAUACAUUUUCUAAUAUUAGAGGAUGUUUGGUGUGGAAUAUUAGUGAUGUGUACACAAUUUGUGCAUGUUAUGUGUCUUUCGUCAAUUUAAUUGCAAGAAGAAUGUUGAAUAGGAAUGUGAGGAUUUGAAAAAUAUUAUUCGCGAUUACAUCUGCAUUACAUGUGUGUCCAUUGGAUAUGAUUUACUUUCUAGCACCCAACAAAGUAUGUCACCAAAUUUUUUUACGGAUAUACACCUGAGAAAUCUGAGUCGUUGCCCUCCCUAGGGAAACCACUUUAGCUAACGUAUGUGGUGUGAAAUGCGCUAAACUUUAUUGCAAGACAAAUCUUCAUAAAUUCUAAUAUUUUUUAAUUUUACCCUAGGUAAUAUGAGCACGAGAAAAUUCAUAAUAUCUUGAUUCUAAACUGGAAUCAACAACCAUCUAAAACGCUCAUAACGCAUGUACUGAAAAUGAAGUAACACAAUCCUCCUAUGCGAGUCAUUGUUAAUCAUUUUGACUCAAAAUUUUGAAAACAUAUACAUAGAAUGAAUACAUUAGUUAUGAUCGUGACACCAUGGUAAGAUCGUGACACCAUGGCAUGUCAUUGUAUAAUCAAUUUAUCAUCAUUGCAAGAUAUUGUAUCACUAUUUUAAUGUUAAUAGCAUGGACCCGACCCGUUGGUUGGAUUAUUUAAUUAUCUUAUAAUUUGAUACAUUGUAUCAACUGAAUUUUUUUUAAAAGGUUAUCAAUUAAGAUUUAUUUUAAUAAAUUUUUGGUUUAUGUACUCAAUCAUCGUGGCCUAGGACAAAUCAUCAUGGCGGUAACUCUACCUAAGUAGGAUUGGCAGGCCGAACCUCUAGGUUUAAGGAGCAUACAAAGUUGUGAAUGAUGGGCCGACAUUGUCAACUUAUUCAAAAUCCAUUCUCAUGAUGAGACAAUGUCCAAAAUAAGGGCAAACCUAAAUAUGAAAGGGUUUUAAGGGUUUCUAAAUUUGACACAUGGUGUGGUCAAAUAGUGUAUUUUCGGAAUACACCUUUAGAAAUCAC